ACACACACGCCAUGCUGUGUGGUCUGAGGAGGGACGCCAAGAACAGCGUCGAUGACGGGCCGUACUCCAAGGGGGGCAAGGAGUCCGGGGCGGCCGAGCCAUCGCACUCGUCCUGCAGGCGCAGCUUCUCAGAGGAGCACCGAGGAGUGACCACGGUGGACCUGAUGAAAAGGGAAGGCAGCAGCCUCGGCCUCACCAUCUCCGGAGGCUCCGAUAAGGACGGGAAGCCCCGAGUGUCCAACCUACGGCCAGGUGGGCUGGCUACCAGGAGCGACCAGCUGAACGUGGGAGACUACAUCAAGUCGGUGAACGGCAUCAACCUGUCGAAGCUUCGCCACGACGAGAUCAUCAGCCUGCUGAAGAACAUCGGGGAGCGGGUGGUGCUGGAGGUGGAGUACGAGCUGCCUCCGUCCGUCCAGAACCCCUCGGGAGUCUUGACCAAAACUAUAGAGGUGUGUUUGCACAAGGAGGGAAACAGCUUUGGAUUCGUCAUGAGAGGAGGCUUCCACGAGGACUGGCGCAGGUCUCGUCCUCUGGUGGUUACGUUCGUCCGGCCCGGCGGUCCCGCUGACAGAGAGGGCACUUUGAAGGCCGGGGACCGAGUGUUGAGCGUCGACGGGAUGCCUUUAAACAGAGAGAAGCACGCUGACGCUUUGACCAUGCUGAUGCAGAGCGGCCAGGAAGCUCUGUUCCUGAUCGAGUAUGACGUCUCUGUCAUGGACGCAGUCCAACAAGCCUCGGGCCCUCUGCUGGUGGAGAUAGUGAAAGGCCCCUCUUCCAGCCUGGGGAUCAUCCUCACCACGACGAUAUACAGGAGCAAACAAGUCAUUAUUAUUGACAAGAUAAAGGCAGCCAGCGUGGUGGAAAGGUGUGGAGCGCUGCACGCAGGUGACAUCCUGCUGUCCAUAGACGGGACCAGCACGGAGCACUGCUCCCUGAUGGAGGCCACGCAGCUACUUGCCAGCACUUGUGAUGUCGUGAAGCUGGAGAUUCUCCCGGCCAAUCAGAGCAGACUUCCCGUCAGGCCGCAGGACACAGUAAAAGUGCAGAAGAGCAACCAUCAUCACUGGGACCAAAGCGGCAACUACUGCCAUCCCCCACAUGCCAACCACGGAAAGACAUGGAGCAGCCCGAGCCACCCACACAACCAGCAGGACCACUGCAAAUCUCUGGUGAGCGGCGGCUUCUCCCCUUCCUCUACAGCCACCUCCGGAUUCAGCAGCCAGGGGAGCAACACGCUGCCCUGUGCCGUCCCGCCGGCCGCCCCCACCAGCCCCCGCGGCUCCACGGGCAAGAGGAGGACCAGGAAGAAGGACCACAAGAGCUCACUGUCUCUGGCGUCCAGCUCCGUGGGCCCAGGGGGGCAGGUCUUUCAUGUGGAAACGAGCGAGGUCUUCCUGAGGGGGGAUCCGCUCACAGGUUUCGGGAUCCAGCUGCAGGGGGGCGUCUUUGCCACGGAGACCCUGUCCGCUCCCCCGGUCAUCCGCUUCGUGGAGCCCGACAGCCCGGCUGAGAGGUGUGGCCUCCUGCAGGUUGGGGACAGACUGUUGUCCAUCAAUGGCAUCCCGACUGAAGACGGCACUCUGGAAGAAGCCCACCAGCUGCUCAGAGACUCGGCUCUGGCCAACAAGGUCACGGUGGAGCUGGAGUUUGAUGUCGCAGAGUCGGUGGUUCCCAGCAGCGGCACCUUCCACGUGAAGCUACCCAAGAGGAGAGGAGUGGAGCUGGGCAUCACCAUCAGUGCGAGUAAGAAACCUGACAAGCCCCUCAUCAUCUCUGACAUCCGGAAGGGAAGCAUAGCACACAGAACAGGAACUCUGGAGCCCGGGGACCGGCUGCUUGCCAUCGACGGCGUGCGUCUGGAGAACUGCUCCAUGGAGGACGCCAUGCACGUCCUGCAGCAGGCCGAGGACAUGGUGAAGCUGCGCAUCCAGAAGGACGAGGAUAACAUCGAUGAGUUGGAGAUGUCGGGCUCCAUAAUCUACACGGUGGAGCUGAAGCGGUACAACGGACCCCUCGGCAUCACGAUCUCCGGCACAGAGGAGCCCUUUGACCCCAUCGUCAUUUCUGGCCUCACCAAGAAAGGCCUGGCGGAGAGGACCGGGGCCAUCCACAUAGGGGACCGGGUCCUGGCCAUCAACGGGGUCAGUCUGAAAGGAAAGCCGCUGAGCGAGGCCAUCCACCUGCUGCAGGUGGCCGGGGAGUCCGUCACCCUCAAGAUAAAGAAACAACCCGACCAGUCUGACGGCCGGCGGCCUCCAGACAGAGAAGCCGGCUUUUUAAGCGACCUUGAGGACGACCUCACCGACUCCCAGAAGACCAGCAAACACUCGGAGGUCUACUCCGCCACUCUUCCCAGUAUAGACUCGGCCAUGAGCUCCUGGGAUAGCUCGGGGUUUGACGCAGGCUACAGCAGCCAAGGGACGUACCUUCACAAAGCGUCCGAAGUGUUGCUCAAUCCGCACGAGUGGCGGCGCGCGGCGCCCAGGAGCCAAACGGGCUCCGGCUCUGCUGGUCUGGUCCACCGCGCGGCGCUCUACGACGGGAGGUUCACCGAGGACGAGUGGGACAAGAUACCCGGAUUCGUCAGUCCUCCUCGUUGCCAUGGCACCCUGAACCAGGAUGACAGCUUCUGGUCCCAGGCUCUGCAGGACCUCGAGACCUGCGGCCAGUCGGAGAUUCUCAGGGAGCUGGAGGCAUCCAUGACGGGUAGCGCUCUCAGCCUGUACCUGGAGGAGACCAAGACCGAGGACGACUCCAUGUUCCAGUCCGACCUCAGUCCCAUCAAGAGGGAGUUUUACAGCAAGAGCAACCUGGACAUGUGGAGCGGAGGCCGAGACGCGGCGUCGCGCGGCGGAGGGGACGCCACUCUGGCGCUGCACAAGGUGACGAUGAGGAAGGACGUCGAGAGCCACGACUUCGGUUUCAGCGUUUCCGACGGGCUCCUGGAGAAAGGGGUCUACGUCAACAUGAUCCGGCCCGACGGCCCCGCCCACCAGGCGGGCUUGAGACCUUUCGACCGCAUCCUCCAGGUGAAGCGGGUCAGGACCAGGGACUUGGACUGUUGUCUCACGGUGCCCCUGAUUAUCGAGGCGGGAGACGUCCUGGACUUGGUCAUCAGCCGGAAUCCUCUGGCGGCCGACGCCGCGCUCCCCGACGACCGCGACGACGCCUCGAACUCGCUGUUCUGCUUUCCGGAGCACCGGACCAACAGCGUCUCCCUGUGA